AUGAUAAUUACUAACUUAUUUUUUGUAUAUAGUUUAAUAUUAUUUUUUAUCUUUAUGACAUAUUUAGUGUAUUCAUACACUAAUUUAUUUGAGUUCAUUAAUAUAGAUAAUUUAAACUGAAAAUAUUAUUAUUUUUUAUUCCGUAUUUGUACUAUAAGUAUAUUAAUUUAUAAUAUAGUAUAUUAUUUUAAUAUGGGUAAAAAUGAAUUUGAAAGAUAUAUUUUCAGAUUUGGAGUGGGGACUUUAAUUAUAAUAUUAAUUAAUAUUAUAUUUAAUAUGUUUUUUUUAGAUCUAGCUAUUGUAUUUAUAAAUGGAAAUGAAUCACCUUCAGGUUCAAAUCCUUUAAGUAAUAACCCUGGAGGAGGAACACCUCGACCACCUGAAGGCCCAGAUUAUAGUAAAAUUUUAUGAAAACAUGAUAACUCAGAAGAUUCAAGUAAUAAAUCUAGUAUUACAUCAAGUAAUAACUCUGAAAGUUCUAGUAGUAAAUCUAAUACUACAUUAAUUAAUAAUUCUAAUGAACCUAAUGAUAAAAAUAGUCUUAAACGAACUGCAGAACAGGCUAAUUUAGCUAUAACAAGUAAUAGAAUUAAUCCUAAUAUUUCUCAAAAUAAUUCUAAUACUAGCAUCCCUCAAAAUACUAAUGUUACUCAAAAUAUUCCUAAUGUUCCAGAAAAUAUUAUUAAUGUUACUCAGAAUACUUCUAAUAAUAAUGUAUAUCAAAGUAAUUCUAAUACUGAUAUUCCUCAAAAUUAUUCUAAUAAUAAUAUUCCUCAAAAUAUUCCUAAUAUCCUUAAUAUUCUUAAUAUUCCAGAAGAAAAUACAAGAUAUAAAAGAUAUUGAAUUAUUAUAUUGUCAGUUGAAGAUGAAUGUGUAAGACGUACAAGAGAACUUCAUCCACAAAUUUUUAAGGUAAGACAAGAAAUUCGUGUAAUGCAAAAUCUUAUUGAUAGAGUUCCAGGGGGUUUAGCAGCUAUGCAAAGUAGUAUGAAUUCUAAUUCAUAUGUACAUGGAUUAGGAUUUAAUACUAAUUCUUUAGGUUCUUUAAUAGGAUAUAGUUCUAGUACACAACCUUUAUUAAAUCAUAUGGGGCUACAAACUCCAUAUGAUCAAUCAGUAUUGCAUUUUAGAGACCAAGCUUCUAAUAGACCAGGAGCUCUUCCUUAUGAAAGAGCAGAUGGAUCUCUUAGUUUCAAUCGUCAUAAUCUUCAAGGUAUUUAUAAUAUUAGAGCGGGUACAACAAUUGGAGAAGAAUAUACUUAUAAAAUUGCACAAAGAGUACAUUUUGAAAGAGAAUCUAAUGAAUGAAGAAGAUUAUCUCAAAAUAUUAGAAUAGCAUUCCCAAAUAUAGUAGACCCAAAUCGUAGUUAUGAACCAAUUAAUACUAACAAUAACACUAAUGUUGUUAAUACUAAUAAUACUAAUAUUAAUAAUAAUUAUUAA